AUGUAUCUUAUUGAAUUCCUUAUUCCAUUCUUCGUGAUUCUUGGACUUCUAAUCCUCUCUGUUCUCCUAACUAUCUGCUUUAUAUUAAAACUAUCUCCUUCAAUGCUCCGAGCUCCGAUGAAACCCAAGUUUGUGAGAUAUUUCUGCUUGCCUGUUCAGGAUAGAUCGGAUACGAGUUGGAGAAGAAUUCACAUGGGAACCUCAUCCGUUCGAUCCAAGAAUGAUAAAAUGAGGAAAACCUACACAAUCUACUCCUUUCAAAAUCAAGAUGGAAAACACAAGAAAAAAAACCCCGAAACAAAGAACAAGAAAUGUCAAGUACGGGAAACUGUGGGACGGUUUACUUGCUCCGGGUGCUACAGUCAACAGAUUAAUUCCAGAAUUGGGUCAAGAAGAAACCAGUUCCUCAACGUUUAUGAACCUCAGGGAUACAUCAAUACUAGAGAAACCUACCACAGAUAUCCCAACUUAUCCAAUGCUAGAGAGAGUAUUCUAUCCUGUGUAUAUUUACCUGUAAACCUACCGGAGAACCUAGAGUUCCCAACCUCAAGAUCUGGUCGUAUUAUCUACCAGAGAAAGCUAAGACAAGUCCCAGAUAAGGUUGCACAUGGAGCUAGGAUUAAUCCUAAAGACGAUUUUUCAGUGACUCAUAAACAAAGAGGAGAGAGUCCUGAUCUAAAAAAUCCUAUUCUUGAUCCUGAUUCCUUAGUUUCAAAGAUACUAUUAGAGAAGAACAAGGUUGGAAUCCCAUACAGAGUUCCAAUUCAUCAAGCAGAAAGAAUAUGCCUUGGUUCCGACUACAGCAAAUACACAGUAUUCAUUCCGAAACCUGCUGAAAACAGGAUGCAUGAGGUUGGGUUCAGGUCGACUCCAGGUGCUACGAGAUUACGUGAGAAUGAGGUUAGAUCGAGACCAGGUUCUACGCUGUUACAUGAGAAUGGGUUUGACUCUACUAAGUUGAAUGUUCCUAGAAGUAAUCGGGGCCACCUAAAGGAACUUGAAAAACUAGUUCCAAGGUCUUUAAAAGAUUUGAAUAAGGAACAUUCAUUAGAAGAAAAGAGAAGAGAUCCUUCACUAGAUAUUUCUAAAUACUGUUACCCAAAAAAAAUCAGGAAAAGUUUUAGUUCAACAGCAUCACAGGAUAAUUAAUUAACCCCUAUAAUAAAAACAU